AUGGAGGCCCCCCGCCAGGUGGCCGUGUGCUUCCCCGCUUUGCUCUGCGUAGUGCCUGGUCAAAGUUGCCUCAAGUCCAUUUUUGUAGAUGCCGUGUAUAGUCGGGUGAGUCGGGAUGUGUUUCAAAGUGGGCUGGUAUCUGUUUGCCUCUUGGACACCCGUGUCCUGCAGUCGCUCGGGUUGGCGGAGCUAACUCAGAGAUUGGGACAAGGGCGACUCCUGCCGCUGAGGGCGCACCUGCGGAACUGCCUGGAGAAGCUGAAGGAGAUGGUGCCCCUGGGGCCGGAGGCCUCCAGACACACGACGCUUGGCUUGCUAACGAAAGCGAAGCGGUUUAUCAAGAACCUGGAGGAGCGGGAACGGAAGCACGCAGUGCACAAAGAGAACCUGCACAGAGAUAACCGCUACCUGCGGCGCCGCCUCGAGCAGCUGUCGGCCGCGCACCUCGCCGCCACGCUGGCGGCCGCCUCCAAGCGCCGCUCGGUGUCGGAGUGCUCCUCGUCCACCACCACCAAUGAGGUUGACGUGAUCGGUUACACAAGUAAUCAGAGCGACACAGACGACCACAGCAGCAUUCAGUCAGCAUCCACUGACAGUGGGGUGGCUAUGUCUGCCAGCCGCCUCACCCUGGCUGAAAUGGACAUCUAGGUGGGUGGCGCGGAGCGAGGAGCAGCUGAGGGACAGGACGCCUGCCGGAGGUCUGCUCUGCGUGCCUGGCGCUCCACUCCAGGCACCAACAAGCCUACAGAGCCAGUAUCAAGUUAACAUUGUUACACACCCCCACCAUCACUCAUUAUCUCUCCUCUAGUCAACAAGGACAUGUCUACUGUAUUAUAAAAGAAAAAUAAGAAUGAUAAGGAAAGAGAUUCAGGAUCAGAGAGAAAAAAUGAAAUAAAACGCAUCGCAGUCACUGCAUGUGUAAAUUAUUUAUGUAAAUUGUACAUAUUUUUUGUUUUAAAUGAGAGAAAAAGCUAAAGAGAUAAAAGAGUUCUAUUUUACUGCAGGUCAUGACGUUUUCAAAAAAAUCAUUGGCCAGGAAUCAUUUUUUUCUGUCCACAUUUAUUUUUGAGAUUAGUAGAAGAAUUUUUGUUAUAUAUGAUGAAUGAAAGAAAGGCAAUUAAUAGAGUAUAGUGUGUUGAUUUUUUGGAGCUGUGCAAGGGGAUAGUUUUAUCAUGAAAUUUGAAGAAGCUUCGAUGUAAUUGAGCAGGCAGAUCUCUGGACAGUUGUUCUCUGCACUCUCACUGUCAAAUGUUUUAAAAUGGGGAAAAAUUGUUAAAAACAAUGUGGAAAGGACUGUGUAAGUUUGUGAUCAAUGGAUUUUACAGUGUCUUUCAACUCUGAGAGUUGAAUCGGAAUAAGUUUCCUUCUUUGUCUUCUUCUCCUAUUACUAUUACUACUUUUGCAACUGCAAGUGCUUAUGAUUAUACAACAGCCAAAAAUAUAUAAAUAUAUAUAUUAUGUAUAAAAAUAGAUGAUUUAUUGAUAAUGAUGGGACAGAAAAUAUUUAAAAAAUACGGUCCGGAACCUUACCAUAUGGAAUACUUAAAAGAAGAGAUCAAAACUGAUUACCUGAAAAUGAAAUUUUUAAGAAGAUUGUGGCACUUGUAUUACGGACAAUUCAGAAUAUUUUAAAACUUUUUAUUAGUGUAUUACAGUUCUGUUUACACUACUUUUUUGUCUGUUUAUAGAAGAGCAUGAAUCGAUGAGAUAAGUAAGACUUUAAUUGUAAUUAUUAUAAUUAUUAUUAAUAUUAAAUGUUGUUUGGCUGCGAGUGCAAAGUGAAAUCCCAACGUCCCACCCACGUCCGACGAUUGCCGACUAUGUCUGCAGGCCCUUGUGAUAUUGACCAAGACAAGACAGCCCUGGGACAAGAACAGCACCCCCAGCCUUGCACUGACGUGUGCCAGAUCUCUCCAACCAAAAUGUCUGUCUGUCCCUCUGUUCUGCCUCCAAUUGUGCUGGGGGGAAGGAACAAGGAAGAAAGAUUAUUACUAUAUAUAAAUAUAUAUAUAUAAAAAUAAAAAAAAAACAAUGGAAAAACAAAACAUUGUCAUGAAUUCAAAGAGUACAAAUUCUGUAUAAGUCCUAUCCUCACUACUGAUGAUAACAGGUGAGGAAGGAACGUUUUAUGUUUAAUUUUUUUCUCCGUGGAAGUCACGUUUCAGCAGGUAGCAUUUCUCACACCUCAUAAAGUUUCUUUACAUUAAUUCUUUCAUUUUUGGGAUAUUGUUUGGGCAUUAGAAGGGCUUGGUAGUUGCCUGCUGUGGCGGGUCAAGCCCUUUCUUUCCCAUGCCUCCUGCAUCUCAUCCACACCCACCUGCCCAAACAAGCAAGUGUGCUAUUGCUGAAACUGUGCUCCAGUGGUGGUAUAGAACUAAGCCUCUUCAAGUGUAGCAGUGUGUGGUGUGCGUCUUACCAAAUGUGUGUGCGAGAGUUACAGAGAUAAACCUGAGGCAAGGCUAUUAUAUAGAAAAUAAAUCGCUAUGUACAAUAAAUUUGUUUUGUGAGUUGGCCAGAGUGGGAUUGGAUCCAGGACUCUCAAAAGACUGCAAGAGGAUAAUAUCCAGCUCUUCUAGAACAGUGAAGAGAAGUGUGUACUUGAAGCUAAUUGUAGCGUAUAUGUCUGAUGAAUUUUAAAAAUUCGAGAUGUGCAAUUUGUACAUAAAAAAAAAAGGAUCGCCCCCUCAAAUUGUAGGACAUACCAAUGGUUUUGUUCUAAGACUACCAUUGGCAUGUUGAAUCAGCGUGGUGAUUCCUGGAUUUGGUCCCUUCCUCUCCCCUGUGAACGAGAUGACUGAUCAUAAGAUAGUAUUUUGAGCCAGCUGAACACUCUUGAGGCUGUAGACUGUCAGCUCUUCAAUGUGUCUGCUUCUCUUAGAUGCAAAAAACUUUAAAACAUAUACAAAACACAAAAAAAUUACCUAACUACCUUUCUGUGUCAACAAAAAAGAGCUUGGAGGAUUCUUCACAAAAAACCUUAAAAUUAAAAUAACAAAAAAAUGUAUACAUAGGAAUAUAUGUUACUGGAAGCACUACCAAUUUGGUCUGAAGGUAUCUUUAAAAUGUGAUACAACUUGGAAAAAUAAUUAAAAAAACAUUUUUUGUGUAGAUUUAAUUUUCCAUGCAAGAUUUUGUGUAGCAGCAAUAUGAAUUGAUACCAGUAUCUGUGGGAUUUAAUUACUGUCACUUAGACUUUUAUUUUAAAUAUGUCAUAUCUCAUUCUUUUGUGGUGGACUUUUUUUUAGAUACCUUAUAUUUUAGAACGUCUUCUCUUUCAUCCAUGGGUAAUGUACAGAAAUAUUAAAACUGCUGCUUGUAGAAAUGUAGCAACCAUGCUGGCCUGCCCCAAGAUAUUGUAAACCAGUCCCUUUCCUGUGAUUGGCUGGCGGACUGAACACUUGAUACGUGUAACGUACAAGCCAGGGCAAAGGAUGUGUGGAUGUGAAUGAUCAUACAAUUCACCACUUUCCUUCGGUCCUUCCAGUCUAGAACAAACUGCGUCUCUGUGUCUGUCUCCCUAUUUUAUGAGUGUACGAAAAAAUUGAUUGUACAUAUAUUACUUGUAACUAUUCAUAUUGCAUCAUUGUUUUGUUCUUAAUUUUCUUGAUUCUACGGAAAAUAAAAUUUGUGUAUUAUUAUAAAAUGGACAUUAAUGACUUUAGUCCUGAAGAAUUCCUAUUGGCUCAGAAGUCUAUUAGUGGUGAAAGUGGCUCAACGAGAACCUAAUUUCCAAAGUACUCCACACAAAAAUACUGAUUCAAAUUCAACAAUGGUGUAUUUGGAUAUUAGAAUUUGUGUUUCUGGAAUGAAUGUGUUUGAAUGGUCUAUUUACUCAGGGUUCUGAGUAAUACCAAACUUUUUGUCUUCAAAUGUCUGUGUGUAUUAUUUGCACAUUACGCACAAAUAUUUUGUGUGUGUUAAAAAGAUUGAGGUAUGUAGUAAAUGUCAUAAUAAUACAUACUAGAAAACCAGGACUUUGAUCUUGUAGUAUUCGAAGUGUACCCUUGUACGCAGAGCUGCCAUUCAGUAUAGCUUUAAAGAAACUUUAGAACUUAAAAACCAUAGAGUACAACUAUUAGGAGAAUGGAAGGUGUUUCUAUAAUUUACAUUUACCACAAAUGUCUUGUUACAGCACUUGGGCAUUUUGCUGUACUUUGGUAGGGGAAAUCUCAAGUUAUGUAAAUAUUACUUUUGUAAGGGAUGGUGGAUUCUGUGAUUUCAUUUCUUUAAUGAAGGCCGAGCUUGGACGCUUGAAUGAGAGCAAGAGGAUCUUAGUCACAGUUGGUACUCUGAUUUUAAAUCCAAAUGAUAAGGGCUCCACAGGUAAACAACGUAUAGAAAUAACAUUU